CAGCGACUAAAUUAGAUUGAUAUUUCGACUAGCCUAAUUCAGAGAGCCAAGGCCAGGCGUAAAUAACCACAAUGUACUGUACAUCACUUGGUAGUCUUUCCCCGCACCGGGUACAGUACUAUACUCUGAUCCUGGUUAAUUUGUUGCCUGGAUGGGGCAAUCUGUAUCUUGUCGGUGAACAUCAGUGCGGUAGACUUGCAUUUAGGCUGCACUUUAUCAUACAGCCGGAAGCUACUGACUAUAUAACCCAGGAAGCCGAAGUGCCAGUUUUACAUAAUGUCUUCUUUACAAAGAAAGUUAACACUUUUCUCUACUUCACUUUGGAUUUCAUAUUUUAUUUCAGCAUACCCUCCCGAACUUAAUACCUACUAUCCCGAACCUUCCCUCGAGGGCCCUGCCUGAAUCCGUUGGGCUCGACCUC